UUCGCUGAAUGUCUGAAUCCACUGAGGUAACAGGCUACACUCAGGCUGAGCAGCACUACUUCCUCUAGUAGGCGGCUACACCUACAGUCUGAGGUAAGCGAGUCCGAGAGGCUGUUCCUGGAUCUUGACAAGCACGACAACACAAGCUGCUACGUCGUCUCGACCACAGUCUUACUGGCCAACAACUGGCACACUCGCAAGGCUGGAGAACACAAUUCACUGUGGCUGACUGGACACUGAAGACAGCAAAGCAUAACGCCAAAACGAGCCAUUCCCCGAGCAACAUCAAUAUAAUUCAGCGUUCACUUUGCAGUGCAGUCUAUUCAAGUGUGUGUCUGUGUUUGAAAAAUCAAGUCGGCAGGGAUUAAAUGCAAGACAUAAUGGGCACCAGGAGUGUGUUAUGAAUUGAUCCGCGUGUCCGAGACAGAAGUGUAGUUUUCAAGGAGCGAGGAAUGCAAUCUGAGCUCGCGUCUCAAUGUUUCACUGGGGCAAGUGGAAGAAGAGGAUGGGCGCGAAUAGCUCCUCAAAAAGACCCGUGUACGACGAGAAGGAGGAUGUAACCUUUGACCACUUCCAGAUAUUGCGAGCCAUCGGGAAGGGGAGUUUUGGCAAGGUUUGCAUUGUGCAAAAGAGAGACACGGAGAAGAUGUACGCCAUGAAGUACAUGAACAAGCAGCAGUGCAUAGAGAGAGAUGAGGUCCGAAACGUCUUUAGAGAGCUUGAGAUCCUUCAGGAAAUUGAACAUGUUUUUUUAGUAAAUCUCUGGUACUCGUUCCAGGACGAGGAGGACAUGUUCAUGGUGGUGGACCUGCUUUUGGGGGGGGACCUGCGCUACCACCUCCAGCAGAACGUGCAGUUCACCGAGGACGCCGUCAGACUCUACCUCUGCGAGAUGACCCUGGCGCUGGACUACCUGCAGAACCAGCACAUCAUUCACAGAGAUGUCAAGCCAGACAAUAUACUAUUGGAUGAACAAGGGCAUGCACACCUGACGGACUUCAACAUUGCCACCAUCAUAAAGGACGGGGAGAGAGCCACAGCCUUAGCUGGGACCAAGCCCUACAUGGCCCCUGAGAUCUUCCAGUCCUUUGUGAGCGGGGGGACGGGCUACGCCUUUGAAGUGGACUGGUGGUCGCUAGGCGUGACCGUCUUCGAAGUGUUACGCAGCUGGAGGCCCUACGACAUCCACGCCAGCAACUCGGUGGAGUCCCUGAUGCAGCUCUUCAGCACGGUCAGCGUGCAGUACAACCCCGCCUGGCCCAAGGACCUGGUGGCCCUCAUGAGGAAGCUGCUGACGGUGAACCCGGAGCACCGUUUCUCCAGCCUGUCUCUCAUGCAGACGUCCCCCUACCUCGCCCACGUCAACUGGGACGCCGUCUACGAGAAGAAGAUGGACGCCGGCUUCGUCCCUAAUAAAGGGCGUCUCCACUGCGACCCCACCUUCGAGCUGGAGGAGAUGAUACUUGAGUCGCGUCCGCUCCACAAGAAGAAGAAGAGGCUGGCCAAGAACCGUUCUCGUGACAACAGCAAGGACUCUCAGUCGGAGAAUGACUACUUACAGGAGUGCCUUGAGGUGGUGCAGCAAGAGUUCAUGAUCUUCAACCGGGAGAAGUUGAAAAGGCCUCAGGACGAGGGGCAGUCAGAGGCGGGGGAGGGGGAGGGGGCUGAGGAUGACCCCAGCGGAGACGGCGACCCGGAGGCGGAGCCUGAGGCGGUGGGUGGGGCCACUGACGAUGAUGACGACAACAACCCACCGGGUGCCGGCCCGCCCGAACCCGAGUCCUCCUCUUCCAAACGCAGCAUGUGUGGCUCUGUCUGCUCGUCACCCGGAAGCUGCUAG